AUGGUAUCAGAGCAACAUGGGCCUAUUGCUCUCGCUGCUAUGUCACCGGCAGCGGAGAUUAACGAAUUAAAAAAUGAGAUAACAACUUUACGCACACAACUCUCUCUGUUUGUCGAUGAUGUCGGAAAAAGAUUUGAGACCUUAGAAUCAAACCAUUUCAUAAGUAGUUUAAAACCAGAGCUGAAACCAUUAGUGAAGCUAGCCAACCCUACAACUAUUAUGGAUGCUUAUGAGAUUGCCAAACUUUAUGAAGAGUCAUUUGCAGCAUUGGUCUCUCUUAUACCUUCCAGACCUGCCUUGACACCUUCCUAUAAUAGACCCUUGGCCAUUACCUACCCAAGAGCUUCACAAAAUCUUAAACCAGCUACUCUACCAGCCCCUAACCAACUCUUGAGAAUUACUUAUCCUAACCAGAAACCUCCCAUUAGAGCUCCCCUCAAACCAAAUACCUUUGAGGCUCUCAAGGAGUAUGGACUCUGCUACAAGUGCAAAGAAAGAUACUAUCCUGGCCAUCAGUAUAAACCUAAGACUCUUCAUGCCUUGGAGGGUACAAAGGGUGAAAGAGAAGCAGAGACUGAAGAGUUUGUUGAUGCACCUGAAACAUUGGAAGAACCAACUGAGGAGCAAGCUGAAAUUUUCAUCAAUGCUAUGAGGGGAUUAGUAGCUCCUGGAAAGACCCCUUCCAUAAUUAAACUACUGGAUCCCCAGGUUUCCAUAAGAUUAAAGUUACUCAUACAACCUACUGUUGUGCCUAUGAAUGUAAUAGUUGCCAAUGGUCAAACUAUGUAUUGUGAGAAGUGGUGCCCUAACUUUACAUGGACCAUGCAGGAUGAGGUCUUUUCUUUUAAUAUUAGACUGCUAAAAAUUGGAGGUUGUGACACGGUAUUGGGAAUGGACUGGAUAGAUCAGGUAGCCCCUGUUAUACUUCAUACUAAACCCUAUAGCCUGUCAUUUUUGAAGGAAGGAAGGUUGAUUACCUUGUUAGGGAUUAGUGAAAACACAGAAGUAUCAACUGUAAAAAUUCAGCAAUUGUGGAAAAUGUUGAAUUCUGGAACAUGUGAAGUAGUUUCUGAACUUUGCACUGUGAAUGUUGGACCUGCAGUCAAAGAAAAAAAGUUGUUGAACCCUGAUAUUGAGAAGCUUUUGUUGAACUAUGCAGAUAUUUUCAAGGAACCCAUCGAACUGCCACCUGCAAGGAACUGCCAUACGGUAUUCCUUCAAUCAAAAGAAUCCAUAGAGUCUAUCAUUAAUGAAAUGCUUAAGGCUGAAACUGUUAUUCCACGUCAGUCUCCAUUUGUUUCACCUCCCUUAUUAGUGAAAAAGAAAGAUUCAACUUGGAGACUCUAUGUAGAUUAUAGAAGGUUGAAUACAAUAACUGUUAAGAACAAAAAACAUAUUCCCAUGAUAGAGGAUAUUUUAGAUGCGUUAUGUGGGGCUACUGUGUUUUCAAAGAUAGAUCUCAGGGCUGGAUACCAUCAAGUGAGGAUGAAGUCUGUGGAUGAACAUAAAACUGCUUUUAAAACCCACUAUGGGCUUUGGCAAUUCAGAAUCAUGCCAUUUGGACUAACUAAUGCACCUCCUACCGUUCACUUAAUGAAUGAAGUAUUCAAGGCACAGUUAAAGAGGUAUAUACUUGUUUUCUUUGAUGACAUCCUAGUCUAUAGUAAGACUAUGGAAGAUCACCAAAAACAUCUACAAGUGGUGUUGCAACUAUUAAGGAAAAAUAACUUGUUUGCCAAAAGAAGCAAAUGCGAGUCCUCAGGUGGAAUACCUGGGACACAUCAUAUCUGGAGCUAG